AGCAAGUCCAAGGACCAAGUGCGACCAGCCCACUGCCCAGCACCAGUACCAGCGCAGUUGACCUUACUGGUAUCUCUGCGCAUCCUUCUGCCUUUGCCUCUGUCCUGCCUUCGACAUCUUCACCUCGCUGCCUCUCUCUUCUCCUUCCCUUACUCUGUCCAAUUGACUAUUUCCUGUGCCUCAAUUGGACGAAUCUGUAGCCAUUCACCCGCCCAUUGUGUCGUGCGACCUCUCCGCGUUGGCUUCCCCACGAUACGAUACUUGGAUCGCAUCGCUUGCUGUGGCCUUCCCAGGAAAGACCAAAGACCAAAGACGUAGCUGCCGACAUUCCACCCCCAUUCACAGACACCCAGACACGCAGACACGCAUCUCAUUCCUUCCUCUUGUUGUGCGCAAUCGUUGAUUCACUGCUCCCACGACAUUCCACAGCCAUCUUAGCUGGCACUAUUUCUGCCCGACGGAGCAGACCAGUGAGGUGCACCACCCUGCGCCUUCUACCCCAAGUAGGGCUCUUGUCGUAUGAUCCUCUACCUCCCUCUCACACCUUCAACACAUCGCUGAUACUGUCGCCAGGUCAAGGUUGACCGUACCAAACUGGAAAAAAGUCAGUCAUUCUUCCACCACCUUCGCUCGCCCCUUCAUAUGCCGACGUUAGGCUUUCUAAAGAAGAAACGGACACGGGAGUCUCCUGGCCAGAACGACCCCUCCUUGCCCAAUUCUGCCAGUCAACCCACCAGCCCGAUUACUCCAACUUCCUCGCGAGGGUUUGAUGCCUCCAUCGCUUCACUCUCCACCCAGUCAACGGUACAUUCACAUCUGAGCUCCCAGGUACUUCCAGUCAAAUCAGAGGAAGUGCCCGCAAUCGUGGGUGAUCAACAGCCAAUGACACAAAGAAUACCGCCUCAACAACAGGACUCCGCCCAAGAGGCCCAGUCACUACCAGAUACGAAUAAUACUACCUCUUCGUCAACAGGGCAAAAUCUGCCCUCGAUCAACAAUCUCAUCCAUCCCUCGCAGCAUGAUGGCGCAGGCCAGUCCACUCCUUUAAAGAUGUCCAACGCACCCUCUGCCACUUCUAAUACUUCAAAUGGCUCUCAGCCUCUUCCCGCUGGGACGUCAGCGGCUAAUUACAUUUCACAGCCCGUAGUUCCACCAGCAACACCCGCAAAACAGACUUCUACUUCGGUGGUGGAGCAGCCAACGGUGAUAAGACAGACCAAAGGCAAAUAUUCGCUGGGAGAUUUCAACAUACUGAGAACUUUGGGAACUGGUAGUUUUGGCAGAGUGCACCUGGUCCAGUCGAAGCACAAUCAACGAUUUUAUGCUGUCAAGGUAUUGAAAAAGGCGCAAGUCGUCAAAAUGAAGCAAGUUGAGCAUACCAACGACGAGCGAAAAAUGCUGCAAGAAGUCAAGCACGCAUUCUUAAUCACAUUAUGGGGUACAUUCCAAGAUUCGAAGAAUCUGUACAUGGUGAUGGAUUUUGUUGAGGGUGGGGAGCUUUUCUCGUUAUUACGAAAGUCGCAGGUAGAAUACUCCUUUUUUCACCUCAUACGUGAGUGUUACUGACAGAUGGUAGCGAUUUCCAAAUCCAGUGGCCAAAUUUUAUGCAGCAGAGGUCACUUUGGCGCUCGAGUAUCUUCAUUCCAAGCACAUCAUCUACAGAGAUUUGAAGCCUGAGAACCUACUGCUUGAUCGUCAUGGUCAUCUCAAGAUUACCGAUUUCGGUUUUGCUAAAAAGGUGCCCGAUAUUACUUGGACGUUGUGCGGUACGCCUGAUUACCUUGCCCCAGAGGUGGUGUCUAGCAAGGGGUACAACAAAUCUGUUGAUUGGUGAGUAAAUAUCUUGCCUGCUUACUAGUGGAUGGCAUUAAUAAAUUUGUAGGUGGUCGCUCGGUAUAUUGAUCUUUGAAAUGCUGUGUGGAUUCACUCCAUUCUGGGAUGGCGGUUCACCCAUGAAGAUCUACGAGAACAUUCUCAAGGGGCGGGUCAAAUAUCCUCCUUACAUUCACCCAGAUGCUCAGGAUCUGCUCCAACGUCUUAUUACAGCUGAUUUGACCAAGAGACUUGGCAAUUUACAUGGUGGUUCUGAGGAUGUCAAAAACCAUCAGUGGUUUGCCGAGGUGACAUGGGAGAGAUUGGCAAAGAAAGAUAUCGAUGCGCCAUACGUUCCACCAGUCAAAGCUGGGGUUGGUGAUGCAAGUCAAUUCGAUAAGUACCCAGAGGAGACCGAAGUAUAUGGGGCUACUGGGCACGAUGAGUGAGUUUUGAAUAUAUUUCGCCCAACUCUUUCUUAUACUAACAAAACUCAGACAUGGCCACCUGUUCAAGGACUUUUAG